AAAGAGAGUGAUGUAUCCGUAAUUGUCACAGCAGGCCAGGAAUUUACCACAAGACGAGAAAUGAAGGUCGUAAAUGAAAGUAUAAAAUUUUUCUAAACUUGUAAGAUCCUUUUUUAAAAAUAGUAAACAUACAGUAGUAGAGUAAUUAUUCUAAUUCAAGAUAAAUACAGACUUUAGACACAUAGAUUAAUCUCCACCCAACAAAAAAUAACAAACAACAAAAUUAGCUUGCAUUUAAAAUUACCAUUUUACAAAGAGGCUUCUAUUCUAAGAUGAUCUAGCUGAACAGAUCCUGAAGAGCAUGCCAACUUGCCAAGCAGAGUGGGCAUGUGCUAGAGGAGUGGCUUCAAGCAAGCAACCUGAUCUGACCCUGCUCUAGCUCAAGCAAUUAAAAUCUAACUACAAAAGAUUAAGCAUUUUAAGGAGCAUGGCUUAUACAAGACUCUUCAAUAACUCGUUAGCUGGAUUCUUAAAAGCUAGCAGAUCCUUCACAAAAAGUGCAGGAAGUACAAGCCUUUUAACAAGUAGAAGUUACAGUUUAAACAAGAGCCGAGGACUACAGGAAAGGCUGAAUGCUGGAGAGAGCAUUCUCUGUGCUGAAGGAUAUCUCCUUGCUCUGAGUCGUCGAGGGUACAUCACACACGGGGUGUGGGUCCCUGAAUUCAUAUUAGAGGACCCUGCAGUACUGAAGAGCGUCCAUUACGAAAUGGCACAUGCUGGAUCUGAUGUCAUGGAAGCAUUCCAGUACUACACUCACAGAGAGAAGAUGAGAGAGAUAGGGAGGGAGGACGAUCUUGAGAAAAUUAACCGAAUCGCUUUGAAAAUUGCACGUGAAGUAGCAGAAGAGAAGUGCCUCCUUUUUGCCGGAGGGAUUUCGAAUACAAACAUUUACGUAAAGGGGGAGACAGAGGAGAGAGUGAGAGCCAUGUUUGAGGAGCAAGUUCGCUGGAGCAAAGAAGAAGGAGUUGACUACAUGAUUGGGGAAACAUUC